CUGCUUUGACAUGCCCGAAACUCUAGAGGAGGGAAGAUAAGACCUCCAAAGAACGAGGUAAAAUGAUAAUAAAGUAAGUGGUCUCAAUUACGUGCAGAAUUUCAGUGAGGAAAAUGAAGAAAAUUAAAGAGACUCAGGAGUUUACAGAAGUGAAGAUCCCCGUGCCUUGGGGCCAUGUAGCUGGAAAAUGGUAUGGUCCAGCAGAUGUCAGACCAAUUCUUAUGAUUCACGGAUGGUUGGACAAUGCAGGGACUUGGGAUACUUUAAUUCCACUCCUGCCUAAAGAUGGUAUUAGCUACUUAGCCAUUGACCUGCCUGGACAUGGAUUUUCAUCCCAUAUUCCUGAGGGAAUGAUCUACAGUCACUAUGACUAUGUGUGGCUCAUUCAUCGAAUCAGAAUGAUUUACAACUGGCCAAAGGUCUCCUUGCUUGGUCAUUCCGUGGGUUCAAUAUUGUGCUUUCUCUACUCAGGAAUCUUCGCUCAAUAUGUGGACAUGAUUAUCGGAUUGGACCUAAUAAUUACCUUUACGGAUGCAAGGCUUGUGACCAAUGUAUUACAAGUUAGUCUCUCCCGGGCUACCACAUUAAUGCUCCAUCACAUGACACCUGAAUCCCAGUCAACAUAUACAAAAGAAGAACUUGUAGAGAGAUUGGUGGCAAAUUCCUACGAUUCCCUCUCACCAAAAGACUGCGAGUAUUUUCUGAGACGAGGGAUGAAGAGGAGCAAGAGCAAACCCGGUAGAUUUAAAUUAACCAGUGAUCCCAGAGUUAAAAUGUAUUCUUGGAUAUCGUUGUCCCAGGAAAAUUACCAUAGUUUAGCAAAGGAAAUUACCUGUCCAAUUAUCUUCAUUAGUGCUAAUAUUAAGCGAAAUAUCCCUAACAAAGAAAUUACUGCUGCUAAUGAAAAAACUAUUGUAGAUUUUAUGAAGGAGAACAUGCCAAAUUUUAAGCAUCAUAUCGUUUCAGGGAAGCAUCACGUGCAUUUAUCGGAUCCAGAACGUGUUUCUGGGAUCAUUUCUGACUUUAUCCUCAAACAUCGAGGACCAAAGAGUAAGAUUUAGUUAGUUAUGAAGAUGUAUGAUGUGAAUAUUCAGGGAAAGUUAGGAAAGCUACAUUU